AUGUGCUUGUCUGGAAUAACUCAAACUCUUUAUGGAAUUAUUAUGGCUGGAAGUGCAAUUCUGACUAUUAUUGCACUUUUUACACCAGGUAAGGGAUGUUUUCUGUUGACAAAAGAAAGUUGUUUUGAAAUUUUAAUUAUUGCAAAAUUUUUUCGAUAAGACAUAUUAAAUUUUUUUCAAAAUUACACAAUGAGCGGAAUAAGAGCCCUAAGGUUUUCUGAGAAUAGACUCCCAGCCUUUAAGGUCCCGAAUUCACAAAAUGAUUUUGCAUUUAACAAAUUUCAGACUAACUCGCUUAUUUUCCCUCCUCCUCGAACAGUUCCAAAAACUUUUAUGAACAAAUUUAUCAUUUAAAGAAAACUUGACGUCAUUCAAAACUAUACAAUCAUCUUGCCGAAAAUAAUCACUAAAUAAACAAAAAAUCACAAGAAAUUAAAAAUAUAUUGCAGACUGGAACACGGUGAAAAAUGCUCCAACAACUGGCACCAAAACAAAUUGGAAUGGGCUUAUGCCAUGGGCAUGUAUUGAUAAUUCCGGAGGUUCGACUUGUCAAAAUUGGUGGGCGGUAAGAAAUUCACUCUGAUUUUUUUCCAGAAAAAAAAACAAAUUUUUUUUCAGAACUUACCUGAUUGGUUGAGAUGUGUUGUCGUUUGUAUGAUUCUUGCAGUCAUUGUCGAAGUAUUUGCGGUCGUCUAUAACUUUUUGACUUGUUUGGCAUGUUGUUGCAAAAAAUAUGUCAUCCACCCACUCACAUUUUUCGCUCUAGUUUCCACAGUUCUUCUCUUGAUUGCAGUCAUUGUUUAUGCUGCCAAUUAUUCUGAAUUCAGUAGUGGAGUAACUGUUGAUACACAAUUGGGAUAUUCUUUCUGGCUUGCUGUUGGAGCACUUAUUUUGUCCGCUGGAGCUGUGAUACUUGGAGCGAUUUCAGUUUUCUUUGGAGAACAUUGUUGUUAA